GAAAACACGGGCCGUUUUCCGUUUGUCGCACCGAACUUCGGCGGCAGUUUCGAAUACGAUUCUCAAGUUGAAAGUUUCAAGUUUUGGUGAAGUGACUCGUGGGAUGUUUGUGAUAUUGUAAUUAUUUUUGUGCUAAGUUGAUGUAGCUUAAAAUACCUACUCCGUAAAUAUCCGAGUCCAUCAAUCAAGCUCCACUCUGUGAGGACAAUUGAAGAGACCGCGAAUACCUCCAGCACUUAACAUGUCCAACUAGACCAUUCAGAGCACAUCAAAGCAUGACAGCCUCAGAGUAACCUUUUAGACCAAAACGAAACAAAAAUCUGUUACCAAUGAAUGACCUAAAUUAUAACGCCGGGAUGAGCUCCUACCAAUUUGUCAAUUCACUUGCUUCGUGCUAUGGCAAUCAAGGCCCUCGGACCGGUACGCCAGGGGAACAAUCCGGUCAUCCAGGAUUGCCAACGCCAGGAACGGAUUACUACAAUCCAAAUGCAGCGGCUUCUGCAUAUCCUAAUACAUGUUAUUCACCUCCACAAGUUGGACAUCAUUAUCCUCAGCAUCCAUAUGCGACACCAGCAGCAGGUGCACACAUGCAGCCCCAAUCCAUGAUAGAUUACACCCAACUUCACCCUCAAAGGUUGGGAAGUACAGCUACCCAUAUGCACCAACAUUCAAAUCCUAGUCCUGGAGCUCUAUCGCCUAACUUACUCUCCGCUGCCAGUCAAGCAGCGGCUGCUAGUUGCAAAUUUGCUGAUUCAACUUCCACAACUGGAGUAGCGUCACCACAAGAUUUAUCAACAUCGUCUGGACCAGGGAGAACUUCGCCGGGCUUCGGCAAUGUUGGUCAGGGUAGCGGGACAAGUUCAAAGCUUGGACUAACUACUCCAAUAGCUUCGCCUGUGGAGCACAAGGCGAAUGUUAACCAGAAUAUCUCGAGUCCUGCUUCGAGCACUUCGAGUAAUGAGAGUAACGACGCUAACAACUCCAGCUCAAGCAACACGAAGAAUACCAAAUCAGGGACUCAAGCAAACCCACCGCAGAUCUACCCGUGGAUGAAGAGAGUUCAUCUUGGUCAAAGUACAGUUAACGCCAACGGAGAAACGAAACGCCAAAGGACUUCAUAUACGCGCUACCAGACGCUGGAGUUGGAGAAAGAGUUCCAUUUCAAUCGCUACUUGACCCGAAGGAGAAGAAUUGAGAUCGCUCACGCGCUGUGUCUCACUGAGAGACAGAUCAAGAUCUGGUUCCAGAACAGACGCAUGAAGUGGAAGAAGGAACAUAAGAUGGCUUCAAUGAAUAUUGUUCCAUAUCAUAUGAAUCCAUAUGGCCACCCGUACCAGUUCGAUCUUCACCCGAGUCAGUUCGCUCAUUUGUCCGCAUAGGAUCAGUGGAAUUUUUCGAAUAGUGGAUAACUGAUUUACUAAAUCAGCUGAAUGAAGUCUCAUUGUUUCUUGUUGCUAUGCUACAAGAACUAGACUGAAUCAGUUAUUCGCUGUUCGAAAAAUUUACUAGAGCGAAUUCGUUGUUGAACUUAUUGUUGUGUUAGUGACACUAAAAGGACAAUCUAAGUGACUAAAUAUAGAAGUUAAAUUUAGAAGUUUCCACAAUCAAAUGUUUUGCUAAGAGGCGAGAGUUUUGUUUUUUUGUAAACAUCAACAAAGUCGUGUUUUUAAUUUUAAUUGCAAAUGUUGUCGAACGCGUCAGUAAUGUUAAAGUUUUAGAAAAAGAAAAUUUGCCUAGUCAUAAGCUAAAUGUUCGUAAUACAUUACCUACCUAAUCUUAUAAGAUAGAUAUUCGAAUAACUAGUGUUAUAAUUAUGAUGGCUAUGUUAUAUUAAUGUAAUGCAAUUGUGUUUGAGAAAUUACAUUUACUUAGAGUAUCAUAAAAAUAUUGAGCCAUCGAUUUGACAAAUUCGGAAAUGUACAGGGAAAAAAUUUGAAAAUCAAAUCACGAGAUGAAUGCAAAAUCUUGAUCUGCAUUGUUAGUACAAUUAAUUAUUAUAGUGUGGACAUAUUAAAAAUUAGAAAAGGCUUGUAAGAGAGCUGUGAACUUUUAGAAAUUAGCAUGAUUAAGAAUUCUUAAAAUUACGAAACAUUGUAAAUAAUUCUUACUUGUAGGAUUUUAAAAUAUUAAUAUAUUCAGCUUAGUGUCUACUUAUGAUGACUAAUGAAUUAUUUUAUGUUCCUUUAUUAAUGUACAUAAUAAUUAUUAAGCUAGAAUUAGAUAAUAAUAUAUUUCUUUCAGCAUUUUUUUUUUCAAGUAAUCUCGUGAUUGCGUCCAAAAUGGCUCAAAGCAAAUGCAAUAACUGUUUGUGGCUUGCAAAGACCAAUAACACAAAAUCUCGUAUCAAGAUACUGUAACACAGGGAUGCUCAAACGGUCGAUCGGGAUCGACUGGUCGAUCGCGAGUGGUUUUUGAGUCGAUCUCGAGAAAAAAAUCCGGUAUAAUAAACUAAAAUCGGUAAUUACGUACCAUCUUAUGAAAAGUAUGCUCAGGACAUGCAGUGUCACGCUUCAACAUCCAAAGUCACUCUUUAGUUAAGCUUAGAACUUUAGAACGCGUUUGUUUUGUAAGAACCAAUAAACUCGCAAUUUUAAAUAAUAAUUAUGAGUUUUUUCAUUGAUAUUUAAGAGCAGACCUACACUUACCUUGACUAAAAGAAUGCAUAUUUUGCGCAAAACUAAUAUCUAUGUCAUCGUGACACUCUACCUGGGCGACAAUCCUUCAUCACACAUACUCGAAGCCUCUCAGAGCCGAUCGAUCGUAGUGUACAAAUUUUGAGGUAGAUCGCCAGCAGUUCAAGCUUGAGCACCCCUGCUGUAACAUAAUAUUAAUCGAGCCAAUUAUUUGGAAUACGUAUCACCAGGAAAUCUUUCAAAAGUUGCAAAUUUACUGCAUGUGCUGAAAUUUGUUAUUAUUUAAUUAAAAAUUGCAAUUGCUAACUGUGAAAUAAAUAAUUUUAAUCAAGAAUCUCUUUACAUGUACAUAACACGAUUUUGUUAAUGAACUGAUUGUACUUAAACUAAAACGUAAUUAAAUUAUCUCUUCUUCCUAUAAGUACGCUUUAAGUACGUAUAAUAUAUUUUAAGGAAUUAAAUGUUUUGUUUUGGCUUUAUAUUGUUCUCCUUUUUUAUUACUUUGUUUUGUUAAAUUUUAAACUUGUCUCAUGCUUGCAAAUUGCUAUUCAUAAUUUCAUUAAAUCAACCGUUACUUGUCUGUUUACUUACCUUUUUAUAAAAUAGAUAUACUUUAUGAAGAUAUAAUUAAUACACUAGUGGAUGUAUGAAACAACAGCUGAUUCGGCUAUGAGAGUACUUUUCACAGUUUGUUGAAUUGAAUUGCCAACUGGCAAUUGCUAAUAAGUUGUUCCAGUGAACAUAGGGAAUGUUUAUUAUUUAAAAUUACUUAAAUUUUGCAUCCAAUACACACUAUUUGACAUCAAUAGGGUAACUCGUCAAGCUAAUUAACCUUUAUAGAAUUGCAUUCAUAGCUUCAUCAUAUCGAUACAUUUUAUCGAUAAUUGGCUACGUUAAAUUUCUACGAAAAUCAAUAGAAAUAUUCAACUAUUAGUCAUUUAAUUUUUCAUAUUACUUUUAAGUUUGACUAGUGACAGUUCAAAUCCAUUAAGACUAAAUUUCCGCUAAGCGUUCUUCAUGUUGAACUUGAGCGGUUGUUCUUUAGGUUAAAGGAACUGGUUACACUAUUUGCUCAUCUUUCUCACUAAGCAAAGGCUAUUCUUGGAUUGCAUUUUAUUUUGUUGGCAAAAAUAGAGUGUCUAUUUGAAAAUAAUUUGCAAUUAAAUAUUCCGAUAUUUAUCAUUUCUCCUUUAGACGUUCUUAUAGAUAUAAAUUCAUUAGUGUCAUGUCACAGUCAAU